AUAAGAUUCGCCAGUCUUGAGAAGUGGGCCAUUUAUUUCCAUGCACCACCUUCAACUCCUUACGAUUAGGUAUACCAGCCAACAUGGACCCUCUUGCGUCAAUCAAUCCAUAUGUGUCUCUCAAAGGGAACCCACAGCUAGGAGAUGUUUACCAGAAACUUACUGCAAACACCACUCGUUUCCUGAGGUAUAAGGGGGUACAGCAAUCAUCGGACUCUCAGGAGCAACUUCUUGUCUUCGAAUUCGAAACCCACCAGAUAUCGAAUAUAAAGUCACAAUACUCAGCUCUAUCUUAUACCUGGGGCCACCCGAUCAUAGACGACUUCAAAGAUGACAUGUCACAUACCGUCAUCUGUGAUGGCCGGCGCAUGCCAAUCGGCCUCAAUCUGAAUGAUGCGCUUCAACAUAUAUAUGUAGAAUCCGACAUAAUUCCUCCGUUAUUGUGGGUGGAUGCCAUCUGUAUCAAUCAAAGCAAUCUCGGGGAGCGAGCUGCUCAAGUUUCCCUCAUGACUAGCAUAUAUAGCAAUGCUGCCAACGUAGUUGUUUGGUUGGGAACGGCCGAUGACGACGCCCGUGAAGCCCAUGCACUAUUAUCAGAGUACACUCCUGCUCUGUUAGCAAUUACUGCGGAUAUCAUAUCGGGGAACCCCGAUACUCCCAUCAUAGCUGGAAUGAUCAAUAUAUACGACGAUGCGAAGCUCCACGAGAAAUACAAUAUCACGCAGAAAUCCAUGGAUUCGUGGAGGGCCUUGGUGAGGUUUUUCUCCCGAAGAUGGUUCAGUCGCAUAUGGAUCGUGCAGGAAAUGGUAUUCAAUGUGUCCCAUCUGAUCUGCUGCGGCCCUCUUCGCUUCACCUGGGCCGACUUGGACCGCUUCGUCAGCCUCGUCUUCGGCGCGCAGUGGCACGGACUAAAUUUCCACGGACUGGAGAAGGAGACGUUGAGGAUCGCUCGGGUCUUCACGUUCCAUCGCGAGAUCCGCAUGUCGGGAACCGAUUACGCGGAUCGAGACCCGCGCACCAGUCUUCUGAGCGCCGAAGGCAAAUUGUAUGAUUUCGCGCAGAGUUACCUCCUCUCGUCGGCUUUUCUGGAAGCUACAGACCCUCGUGAUAGAGUGUUCGCAUUGACCGCGUUUGUGAAUUCCUACGCUCUCAAGAUGGAUACUAAGCCUAUUUGGCUCCGGGCGGACUACGCUCUUCAGACGACAGAGGUUAUGCUGCGUACGGCGCAACUGUUGCUGUGGAAAACUCGUUCUCUAGAAAUGCUUUCGUACGUCUCUGAUCUAAGCUACAGAGAACAGUCCGACCUUCCGUCUUGGAUGCCGCACUUCCACGUGCCCGGAGCUGUUGCAUCCGUCGAGUCGCUGCUAGAUAUGCAUCAGGGCGAGAAAUACCACGCCGGCAGUUUGUCGUCUACCGUACCUACGCCCUCCGAGAUAUACCUACAUAUGGAUUCUCCGGGAAACGAGUUAGAAAGCCAAGGUUAUCUCCUUGAUACCGUAGAAGAAGUCGUCCAUUUCGAAUCCGGUUUCCUUUCCACCUUGGAAAUAUGCCUCAAGCUACCGCUGAUCUACGAUAACGGGCAAUCUCCAGUGGAAGUCCUCUGGCGCACCCUGAUCGCCGGGAGUACGAGCACGGCGUUCCCCGCACCGGCGGAGACGGCUGAUGACUUUGCUAAAUUCGUUAAAGCUGGGCUUAUAGGAAUUGCUCUGCAGGCCAUCGAUGCCGCUGAUAGAGAUACGUUGACGAGACUAUUCACUUUGCUGGACGAUAUAGGCACACGUUGUCCUCAUCCUUCGAUCCCGACGGUGGAUAAGUUCAACGAGAUAUUGAGUGGUGUGAUGGGGGACAUGGACGGAACAAUUAGAAUGUUGACGGAGUUACAUAGUGCAUCUGUUUAUCGGACAAUGAUCUCUCCUACGCAUUGGGGGAAGAAAGGUAAGGCUCUCUUCCGCAGUAGUAGGGGGUUUCUGGGCUUGGCACCUCACUCGACCCAAGUGGGAGAUGAAGUGUGGCUGUUGAAGGGAGCAAGCUUAUUCCACGUCCUAAGGAGGGCGGGGAUUGGUUCUACUGGGAAGACUUUGCUUGGAGAGGGAUAUGUACAUGGUUUUAUGGAGGGCGAAGCUUUGAAAUUAGAUGGGAUGGGUUACAGUCCAGUCACUAUCAAGUAAAAUAGCGUACUGUUAACAAUUAUGGGCGGCAAUUGGAUUCAAGAGUCGUGCUAGAUGGGUAAGUAGUUGUUUGUAGGUACCGGUUAUCGGAUCCAGAUAGGAUCGAGGUUGUUGAAGAUACCAUAUCUUGUCAACCCUGUCGCGUUUCGGGGUCGGGGUUAGGGUUAGGGUUGACAACCCCAACCCUAACAGUUGAUCUCGAACAUUCAUCUCUAUAAUUAUCAAUUUUUGUAUGGUUAGGUACAAUUAGUAUAUUUGUGAAUAAUUCAAUUGAAUAUUAUACAAGUG